AACAGAGGUUAUUCAUAAUAUAAUUUUUAAAGUGAAAUUUGCUUAAUAUAAAAAUCAACAACAAGUCCACUUUUAUUAAUACUAUUUAAUCCUGCCAUGAAUUUACAUAUGUGGCCCCUUUGAGAUCAGAUUAAGCUGUAUGUGGCCCAAAACCCAAAAUGAGUUUGACACCCCUGCCUUAGCUAUUUUUGGUCUCAAUAUGCUGUUGAUUAUUUUGAUUAAUCCGGCUAUAAUUAGCCGAACAUAAUGUGAAGUGAUAAUGAUUUUACUUUUCCUAAACAAUUCUGCCUUGUUUUAAAGGCUGGCUCUGCACAAUUUUCUGUGUAAUGUAUAGCUUGAAUGUUUUGACAGUAUUUUGUUUUUAUUCACAGUUAACCGAGUGAUUUGUUUCCAGCUGCUUUGCUAACAACGGCCAUAUGGACAGCAACAUGGAAAAGUUAGACUGUGUGGCCAAAGACAUCUUAACAGCUGCCAAUAUCGAUAUGGAGGCACUGAAGAUGCUUUCGAGAGAAGAGCUUCGCGACCUCUUCCCAGGGCCUGACCAUUUUUUGCGAAGAAAAUCUAUAUGGGAUCUGUGUCACCCUGUGGAGAAGGCCUCAUGCAGUUCUUCUGCUGCAUUCAUUGAGGUCAGCAACGGAACAGAGUUUGCGGCCACUGGAACCAGUAGUGAGGGAGGUGACAGCAAAGAGGAGGAGAAGAGUGGGGGGACUACAUACAGAACACUUACACUGCCAAGCCCCCAAUACGUGAUAUACACUGAUAGUGAAUUGGAGAAUGUGAAAUCUUACUUUUUUCAAUUGAAAAGACUUGGGAGAGGAGCAGAGUGUGAGCUGUCCAAAGAGCUAACAUGUAGACUGAUCCGGAAUACAAUAACCAACAUGAUGUCAGCGGUGAGGGCGUUGCACUGUGAAGAGAAGCAGUAUCCAUCGAAGGAGGACCUCGUAGCCAUGGCCAAACGCCUGGUGAUCUACUAUCCAAUGCUCUCUGAUAAGCUCGACAUACAGCGUCCAUGGAUUGAGGUCUUCAAACGACUGCAAAAGAGAAUCCACAAUGUUCGAUCACCGAAGAAAAGCCAGGGUGGCACUCCUGCAAGGGGGAAGAGAAAACUGCAAUAUUUGGAUGCCGAUGAUACUGAUGAUUCCACCACAUCUACAAUUCUCCUUUCGGCAAGCUCCAGCAGCACCCCUAGCACCCCUGAGGUCCACACUUCGCCCGCCACUCUCCCUGAGGUCCACUCCCCAUCAACAAGCACUCCAGUGAAAGCCAAAGCUGUUGGACACGACAGUAGGAUGGCUCAGGCCAGGCACUACAGACAUCUCCAAGAAAUAUGCCGGAAGAAUAAGCAAAACCAAGAUGAUGUCUCACAGCUCCUUGACCUUGAAUUUGAGGGAAGAAGGCAGUUCAUCGAUUCGGAGACUCUCAAGGAAGCCGACAGACCUGGCAAAAUCCUUGAGGCCUACUCGUGCUUCAAGAACAUAGACCAUGUUCUUGAGGAGCUGAGACGAAUAGUGGCGAAGGACAACGUGCAUUAUGUGAAAGAGCUGAAGGAGCGCUGGGCAGACUACAGAACCAAACUCUCCUUUUAUGGUGUCUAUAAGAAGGUCCUGAAGCCACCGGUGGGACUUCCUGCUGAUGAGCAAGCCAUUGACCUGAUCAUCUCCCUGGCAGAUAUGUUUCCUUCUGGUUACCCCGCACCAAAGAAGAUGUCAUCUCCAUCAGAGGCGCUCAUUCAUGUUCUGCAGCCCACAGAGGCCCCAGACGUUUAUCUGAGAAGACGGCCACUAGCCACACCGUUCAUCCUGGUAGGAGAGGAGGACUGCUUCCUCUGUGCCGGAAAUGCCCCUGUUGUGUCCUUUGGUAGGAGCCGUCUUGCUGAGUCGGUCCUGUACGUCAUGGCGUACUACUACGCAUUUCACAUGACGUAUCCAAAAUGUGUGUCAUCAGUUCUGUUAUUCCUUCAGACUGAGGUCUUGGGUGAUGCAAUUCAUGAGAAAGACCAAACAGCAGCUUUUAAACGUGCCAAAGCUGACUGGCAGACCUUUCUUAGGUAGUGUGUGAGAUGAAUGCUCAAGUUCAUUGUUUGAAUAGUUAAGGGCAACAGGUGUGUGUGUUCAGACCCUGUCUCGAUGCUGCAACAUCAUCUCUUCAUUGUUAGGCCUGCCAGUCAGCUUUUGCAUGUUGUUUUGUUUUUUUGGGGGGGGUUCCACUUAAUUCUGUGAGAAUUUAGAUGUGUGUCCAGCCCUUGUCUAGCCCUGUCUUGAUGCUGCGACAUCACAAUCUUUUCAUUGUUUGGCCAGCCAGUCAGCUUUGUGGGUUUUUUUUUUUUUUUUUUUGGGGGGGGGGGGGGGGGGGUAUUUCACUCAAUUCUGUGAGAUUUCUGCUAAAAUGUUAAUAAAAAAAAUGUUUUGAA